CAGUAUUCAACAAAAACCGAUGGCGUUGGUCGACACAAUUUUACGUCUUCAAUCUUAUUAUUGUAAAUAGAUCAUAUAAUUCAAUUCUAGCAAAAAGAAAAUAAAUAAUAGAACUGAAAAAUGGGGAAAUCUUGUAUAGUGUGCAAAUCAUGUUCGGACAAACGGCCAGAACUGAUUUUUCACGGAUUCCCAAAAGACGAGGAACUGCGAAAAACGUGGAUUGAAAAUAUGGGAAUUACUAAAGAAAUCAGCAAAUUUUCGGCGAUAUGUUCUAUACAUUUUACCGAAGAAUGUUUCAAAUCGACUAUUAUUUCGAAGAGACCCGUUUUGAUAAAAGGAUCAAUUCCCACGAUUUUGACAGAGGAAGAACUGAUGCAACAAGAAUCAAUGCAGGACGAAAGUACCUCUGAUUCUAUGAAUUCGAAUGGUGAAACUCAAAAUUUUCAUAGCGAAAACAUGCCUCAACAGUCCAGCAGUCAGUUUAAAAGUACGAUAAAAACUGAGAAUACAAAUAUAGCAGAAGAAGGUUCAAAUUAUCAAAUUCUAGAUGAAUUUUCACCUCCACGUGAAUUACAAAGUGAUUCAGAAACCGAAAAAAUGAUUGAGGAACUACAGUACAGUUGCCGAAAAAUAAGAGUAAAAGGUUUAAAAUGGCAAGAUUUUCGCAGAUUGCCGGAAAUCUUGCAAGAAAUGCAUUGGACGGAGGCUCAACAUUUAAUCGAAGAGCAGACACGUGAAAUAAGAUUACUGCAGCGGAAAAAUCGACGUUGCACACAAAAAAUUGAAAAUUUGACUCUCUUCACAAAAAGUAUGAAAAGGGAAAUUGCGAAGAGGGCUCGCAAUUACAAAAUGGAGUCGCCGUCGUGAAACAUGUUUUUUAGAAUUUUCUGUAAUUUCAUUUUAAUACAUUUUUGUCAAUAAAUAACAAAAACUUCUAAAUAUAAA